AUGCUUUUGUGUGUUGGGAAUUUUUUUGGCUCUACUUCCGAGGCAGAAUGGGCAGAGUAUUGCACAGGCGCCAAGAAAGCUCCAAUUCCAACCUAUGUGCUUGGUGCUAACGACCAGGAGACUGUGAGGUAUUUCCCAGAUGUCAGUGGCUGUGAACUAGCUGAGAACAUCACUUAUUUAGGUCGCCGAGGUCUUUACAGUGGUACUUCUGGCCUGCAGAUUGCAUACCUGAGUGGCACCGAGGCCCAGCAUGAGCCAGCUCCUGCCUACAGUUUUAGUGCAAAGGAUGUGGCAGAACUGAAAACAUCUUUGUUGUCAACACCAAACUUCAAAGGUGUGGAUAUAUUGCUGACAUCCCCCUGGCCCAGAGAUGUGGGGACUUUUGCCAACAGUGCGGGAGAAAUAGAUACCAAGAAAUGUGGCUCCAAGUUAGUAUCUGAUCUAGCUGCAAGUCUCAAACCAAGGUACCACUUUGCUGCCCUGGAGAAGGCUUAUUAUGAAAGACUUCCUUACAGAAACCACACAGUGUUACAGGAGACCCCGCAGCAUGUGAGCAGGUUCAUUGCACUUGCUGAAGUUGGCAAUACAAGCAAGAAAAAGUAUCUCUAUGCCUUCAGCAUUGUGCCAAUGAGCUUGAUGGACCCUGCAGAGCUAGUGAAACAGCCACAGGACACCACUGAAAAUCCAUACCGAAAAUCACAGAAGGAGGCACAGAAGAGCAAAGCAUUCCUGUGUGCAGAGGAAGAAUCAGCUUGUCAGUUUUUCUUUGAUUUGAACAAGCAUCAGGGGAAGAAACGUCCCUCAGAUGGGAAAGAAGGAGGGAACUCCCAACCUAAGCAAGCCAAAAAACCCCCACAGCCCUCGGGGCCCUGCUGGUUCUGUCUCGCCAGUCCAGAAGUUGAGAAGCACUUGGUUGUUAGUAUUGGCACACAUUGCUAUCUUGCCCUGGCCAAAGGUGGCUUAUUACCUGAUCACGUCUUGAUUUUGCCUAUUGGGCACUAUCAGUCAGUGGUUGACUUGUCUUCAGAGGUGGUGGAAGAAGUGACCAAGUACAAGUCUGCCCUAAAGGAAUUUUGAAAGAGAUAUGUCUUAUUUGAAAGAAACUAUAAGAGUCAGCAUCUGCAGUUACAGGUGAUUCCUGUCCCCUUGGACCGCUGUACUGCCGAAGACAUUAAAGAGUCCUUUAUUGCACAGGCCCAGGAACAAAAGAUUGAAUUAUUAGAAAUCCCAGAGCACUCGGAUAUCACGCAAGUGGCCCGCUCCGGGACGCCCUACUUCUACGUGGAGCUGGACACAGGCGAGAAGCUGUUCCAC